GCCUCACUUUUCUUGCAAAACUCUCCAUUGUGUGUUGUCCCGUGCAAGUGAAAAGAAUCACGACACUUUCGGCACAUUUUCACUCAGCAAUUUACACCUCGCCUUCAGCAUUCGAAUGGUGUGUUUGUCAGUGAGAUUCAACAAAUAGAGAAGGUGUUUUAUCUGCCCAGGGGAAUUGCUAUCGUGGCAAGUUAUCAGGAAAUAGAGAUUCCGUGAAAGAUGUCUUCGGCUGAGUACUAUCCCUUCCGCUGCACGCCGACCGUUUAUCCGGCAGAUCCCUUCGAUGCCGUGGCCGAUGCCGGGACGCUGCGCACGGCCAUGAAAGGCUUCGGCACGGACGAGAAGGCCAUCAUGGAGGUUCUGGGCCGUCGUGGAAUUGUGCAGCGCCUGGAAAUUGUGGAGGCCUUCAAGACCUCCUACGGCAAGGAUCUCAUCUCGGACCUCAAGUCCGAGCUGGGCGGCAACUUCGAGAACGCCGUGGUGGCCCUGAUGACGCCCCUGCCGCAGUACUACGCGUCCGAGCUGCACGACGCCGUGGCCGGGAUGGGAACCGACGAGGAGUGCAUCAUCGAGGUGCUGUGCUCGCUGUCCAACUACGGUAUCAAGACCAUCGCGCAGUUCUACGAGCAAAUGUACGGACGCACGCUGGAGGACGACCUCAAGGGAGACACGAGUGGCCACUUCAAGAGGCUCUGCCGAUCGCUGGUGCAGGGCAACAGAGAUGAGAAUCAGGGAGUGGAUGAGGCCGCCGCCAUUGCUGACGCCCAGGCGCUCUUCGACGCCGGCGAAGGUCAGUGGGGCACGGAUGAGUCCAUCUUUAACUCACUCCUGGUCACGCGCUCGUACCAGCAGCUGCGGCAAAUCUUCCAGGAGUACCAGAACAUCGCCGGACGGGACAUCGAGUCGGCCAUCAAGAGCGAAUUCAGCGGCGCCGUGGAGAAGGGCAUGCUGGCCAUCGUGGGCUGCUGCAAGUCCAAAGUGGACUACUUCGCCGAGAGACUCCACGACGCCAUGAAUGGCCUGGGCACCAACGACAAGACUCUCAUCCGGAUCAUCGUGAGUCGCUCGGAGAUCGAUCUGGGCGACAUCAAGGAGGCCUUCGAGGCCAAGUACGGCAAGAGCCUCGUGUCGUGGAUCAAGGUAACUUGGGGCGACACUUCAGGUGACUACAAGAAGCUGCUCUUGACACUCGUCGGUGGCCUGUGAGCGAAGCCAGUACGGUUCUGAGUGCCUAAAGAGUGCCUCAUAACACUUUACCUCCUUCAGCUGCCAAGCAGAAGAGACACUAAAAUUUUUACCAAUAUUUGCAUACUUCUGCAUAAUUUUUGCAAAUAAAAUCGUUCAUGUUUUUGUCGUUUAUAUUGGAGAAUCUCUUAUACAAAACCAGAAGAUGUUUAGAAUUUACAAUAAAAACGUAUAUACUAUAAUUUAAUUGUGGUUGUAGCCAAUAUUUAGAAUAAAAAACCAUUCUUCACCGA